GAUGCACAAGGCUCAGAAGCUUGUCAAAAUCAGACGGAAGAAUUAGAUGCUCGAUAUCAUGGAUCUCCUUUGCCCAACAAGGUGAGAUGCGCCGAUCCGAUGGAUAGGGAGGAGCCUGACUAGCCCGCUGUCAUCGCAAUGCGAAACAGCGAGAUAGGAUUUCGAGUCACCCACAACGAUGGGACUACAGAUAGUAUGAUAGCUCUUGAUUGUCUCAAGCGCCUUUUCCAGUUUCAGCUUCCCGAAAUGCCAAAAGACUACAUCUCACGGCUGGUUUACGAUCCUUCUUGUCUUUCUAUCACCAUCGUCAAGAAAACUGGAGGGUUCAUUAGCAGUAUAACAAUCCGGCAGCUUCAGGCCCGCCAUGUCGCGCAGAUCGUCUUUUGCGCCGUAUCAUCUGCUGAGCAGGUGAAAGGCUAUGGUGCCGCUCUCAUGGACCAUCUCAAACACCAUAUCAAGGCUACUUCAUCAGUCACGCAUCUAUUGGUGUAUGCUGAUAACUAUUAUGUGGGAUUCUUUCAGAAACAGGUAUUUACAAAGAGUGUAUCUCUGGAUCAGUCUGUUUCUAUGGAAUGUGUCAAGGGCUACGAAGGAGUAACCCUGAUGCAGUAUGCUAUAGGGACAGGGCUUGAAGGCCGUCAGUACGAUCUUUAG